AAAAAAAAUACCUAUUCUAAUAUAAUUUAUUUACCAAUUUCUAUAAUUAGGUACUCGUUGUUUACAUGUGCCUACGUUAAAUAAAUAAGAGAAUUUGUAGUAUUUACUAAGAUAGUACGAGAAAAGAUGAAAAAAGUUUCGCCCACCCCCAAAGAAAUAGCCAAGAAACGUUUGGCAAGGAGUAAAUUCAUGAAAAUACCCUUAUGUGAAAGAAAUAUAAUAGACAAUAAGGAGAACCUGAUUCCUGAAAUAAAAAUUAAGAAAUCGACAUUCAGAAAAAAAGACAGAAUGAUUAAAGAUUUUAGUCCGCGCAAUCCUUUUGAUGUACCUCAAAUAGACCGAGUGUUUUCUAAAUGUAAGAAAGCUAAGAAACAAAAACCAGAACCGGAUUUAACGUUCGAUGUUCACACUGUUCGUGAUUUCGAUGAUACAUUUUUCAAUAUAAUUGAAGGUAGACCUUUACGUCGUUCAGAUGAUAUAAAGGUUUAUAUGAACAACAUUCGUGACAUGUGCUUAUUUAAAGCUAACACAGCAUAUUUGCUGGAUAAAAUCGUACAUAUGGAAACGUCAUAUGCUACCGAAAUGAAAGAAUAUGAGAAAAUCGUCAAAAUGUAUAAAGAAAUUAAGGACGGAUUUUCUCAAUUCAUUGGAGCAAACUAUCAUAGUUCAAAAAAGUAUCAGAUGAUAGCGUCAGUGUCUGCACUCGCCGCUCAGAGGAAGUCGGAACAAUUAAGUAUAAUUUGCGAUGAAUAUGUGGUACUUAGGAAUAGAUUACAGGACAUAUUUGCCUCAUUUGAGAAGUUGUCACGGUACCGUCAAUUUUUAGACAACCUAACUCCAAUUUGGUGGUUAACGGAACAACGCGGUGCCAGUGAUUCCUUGUUUGAGGCUGCAGCACGUAACGCAUCACCCCGGGUCUCCUUUACAUCCAGCGAGUCUUUGGGUGGAAAUAAAAAGAAGUUGUCUAUAAAAAAAGUAGACUCGCGGCAAUUUUUUGUAGAUCCCAAACAAAUUGUUGAAAUUUUUGAGGACAUGAGGAGGCAAUGUCUCCAUUAUAUGCACGAAGCAGGCAUUUCAAAUAAUAUUAUUUCAAUAGUUCUAAAAGAAAAAGAAUCUUUAAAAAGAAUUAUAGAAGAUGAAGAGAAAGGCAUGGAGGGUUAUAUAGAAAGGUACAAUUAUCUAAUCAAAUUUGAAGAAGAAAAAGAAAUUGCAUAUAAAAAGCUCUUUGAGAAGAUACUGUUAAAAGAAUUCCAGCAACUUAUUUCUUCUUUUGAUGUAUGCAAGUUAUUUACCUGCCUUCAGUAUGUUAAUGUAAAGGUGUUUGAUAAUACAGAAGAUCCGAGAGAUAACAUUUCAACAUUGAUGUUUAACAUAGAAAGUUCUUAUAUGGAUGUGUUAUUGAAAUUGGAUUAUUUAGAUAAUGAGAUCGUUAGGAAAGCAACAAAACAGGCAUUUGAUGAAGAUAUAGCCAAAAUGAAAAGGGCUUAUAAAGCCCAGAGGAUUAUUAAAGAAAGCGAUAUACUUCGUAAAUCACUGUACGACAGUUUUGAACCGCCCCGCACUCGCAUAUUGAAGAAUGUCACAAAUAAAAAAUAAUCUAUUUAGCUAGCUAGGUUAAGUUAUUUUGGUGUAGUAAGAUAUUGAUUGUAAGAUUUUGUUAAGUAUUACAAGAUAUAUGUAUUCUUUCCACGUGUUCACAUUUUAUAUUUAUUUAGUGGU